GUCACCUGAUUGAAAAGUGUUUUUUUUUCUCUAUUUCUUCGCGCGCCUUCACCCAGUAUAAAACCGAGCGCGCCAAAGCCAUGUUUCUAUUGCAACCGUGGAACUCCUCGAGAAAGGACGUGUCUGAAUAACUCUUUCUAUUUUGAAACUACCAAUACGCAAGAUGUCUAACACUUCAAAGAAGCAUCAGUCCUUCUGCUCCGAACCGAUGAAGGGCAAGCCCGUAACCGCUCUUCCCGGGAUUGGACCCGCGCGCGGCAGCCAGCUGCAGUCCCAAGGCUACCACAAGGCCACCGAUGUCUAUGGCAAGUACCUGACCAUGCACGAGAACCGCAACGAGUUCCAGGGCUGGCUGAAGGACCAAAGCGGAGCCAACUUCAAGCAGCAGGGAGACUGCUACAAUGGAGUGCGGGGUUGGACCGACAACAACCUGUAGAGCGUCCGUCAAUACGCUGUUGUUCUUUUCUCCCAUAAAAGGUCAAGAUGUUUUUAGACCUGGCUUUGUCAUACUAAUUAGGCUACUGUAAAAUGUAUGAGGGUCUGCUAUCUUUGUUAUCCAUCUUUGAUAUCUUUGAGGUGAAAUCUAAAAUUAAGUUUUUUCUUGAGAGCUUCUCAAACGCUGAACUUGUUAAAUGGGAAUAAAUAAAUAAUUAACAAUA